AUGUCACUCCUUCGAUUGAGUCGUGCCACCCUUUCCGUCCCUCGAUCAGUACAGACUUCCAGGAUCAGAUACGCAAGCACAAUCUCAGUCACUUCAACACAUUGGAAGGAGUUGACUAUUGAUGAGAAGAAAGCUGCCUACUUUGUCGCUUUUGGACCUCAUGGACCUAGGGCCCCCAUUCAUCAUCCUGGUAAUGCUAUGCGUGUCAUUGGUGGUGUGGCAGGUUGCGUAGGUGUAGCUAUUGCUAUCUUCUAUGCUGUUCGUUCGCAAGCACCCCCUCUUCCUAAAACCAUGACGAGGGAAUACCAAGAACAGACCAAUGAAUAUCUCCGAGCACAGAACUCCAACCCUAUCCAUGGUAUCUCUUCCGAAGGUUACAAAGGCAAAGGAGCGGUAACAGUUUGAAAAAGUACAUGGUCGAUGGAAUAUAUGGCAUAGAAUGGACGUGUUGCUGAUCUGCUAUUGUUUUAUGUGAGAUUGCGGUUCUUCGGAAUUU